CAGGGACCGAGAGGGACCUCCAGCUGUCAACAACUCCGUUGAAGGGAUGGCUUAACGGUGAAGCUUUGGUAUACGAAAGAGUAGUGCAAAUUCUUUCUGAUUUUGAAGCUCUCUUACUAUUGAUAUUGACUUGAAUAUAACCUUUUAUCAACCUAACUAAUAUGGCGGAUGCGGAAGAGAGGGAAAAGGCGGAGAAGCUCGCAGCAGCUAAGAAGAGAUUUGAGCAAUUGAAGAAACAGAAAGCCAAAAAGGCUGCGGGCGGAGCGAAGAAGAAAGAGGAGAAGGUUGCGACUGAUUCCGAGGCUGAAGCUUCUGUGCCGGGAACCCCGUCAGUAGAUGAGAAACCAGAGGAGGUCGAAAAGGAAGAAAACAAAGGCGCACAAGCCGACGAAAAAGCUGGUGAGCCUGAACUUGAGCCCGGAAAGACCGAAGGAGAGAAGGCCGGAGAGGGCAAAAAGAAGAAGAAAAAGAAGCAAAAUAAAAGGCAAGGAGAGCCGGAGGAAGAAGCUAAGGAUGAAGUUGCAGAAGAAAAACAACCAGAAGAGAAAACAUCGGACGAAAAGCAGGCUUCGCCCUCUCCUCCCGCGCCUUCCGGCAGGGACCGACAAUCCUCAUUAUCAUCUCAAUCGCGGAUGCGCUCUUCCUCUUUCCGCCGAACGUCACUUACACAAGUACCUAGCUCGCCCACGACCGGCAAAUCAAAUCUCCCGCCAUUUGAUCCAGAGGGCGGUGCCUCAGAAAUAUAUCGUAAACAAGCAUCACGAAUCGAAGAGCUCGAGUCUUUGAAUAAAAAGCUCGAAAAGGAAUCCAAGGAACAUCAAGAGCGAUGGAAAAAGACGGAAGACGAGCUGGAGCAGGCUCGGGAGUCCAACAGUGAUGUUGCGGACUUGAAAGCUCGUGUGCAAAAGGCGAAGGUCGUUGAAGAGGAGGUUGAAAAACUGAAAACCGAAGUUGCCUCUCUGCAGCGGCAAAACUCCCAGCUCCAAUCUCAAAGCAACCGGUCAAACAGACAUGGAUCUUCACCAAGCGUGUCCGCUCCCACGGGGGAGGCCUCCUCCGAUCUCGAGGCACAACUUGCUUCAAAAUCAGCCACCAUCGAGUCUAUGGAACUCGAAAUUUCCAAUCUCCGCGCACAAUUGGACAAGCAAAACACCACCAUAUCGGCGCAAACCCAACAAAUUGCUGCUUUGGAAGACAAGUUGCAGCGCUCGGAGAAGCUCUGUGAACAUACCCAACGUGAGCUCUCAGACGUGAAGAAGAACCUCGAUCGGGCGAGCGAACGCGCCGUCAAAGAAGGCACUUCACGCACCUCCGCCGAGACACAGAUCCGCAACCUGGAACGCGAAGCUGAGGAAGCAAAAGCACAUGCUGAAGAAAUGACGAAGAAAUCCGAAAGUCUAACGAAGAAGAUUGAAACACUUACAACUCUCCGCAGAGAAUCAGAUGCACGAGUACAAGCCCGCGAGGAUGACCGCGAACACCUUCAGCGCGAGACUGCAGACCUCCGAUCCCGUCUCGCCAGCCUCGAGGGCGAGAACGAAAAUCUCAAUCUGCGUCUCCGCGAAGAGCAACAACGACGCAAGACCGAACAAGGCGGCUCAACUGACGGUGACGGCGACAGCAUCGAUGACCUCGUUGAGGAGGCACGCCGAAAACUCGAAGUCCGCGUGCGCGAACUCGAGUCUGAAGUAUUCGAUCUCCGCCGCGCCGCGUGGCGCAGCAAACGCCAAGACAUCGAAGAAGAACUCACAGGCGGGACCGCUAUUGGGCGACGAACAAGCAGUCCCCAGCGAUUCCAAGACAUUGAUCUAGGCGGUGGCGGCCAACCUGGUGGCGUACAGCGCUUGUCUAGCCCUCGCGCUGGCGGCGCCGGUGGUUUGUCCAAUGUCCUCAGUAGUGGUUUCAGCGCAAUCACCGGUGCUGCUGGUACUGGCAGAAGCGCAGUCCCAGCUGGUGAUUCUGGACUGGCUGAUUUCGAUGAGAUGGACUUUGACGAAGAUGCGUUCCGUGCCGCACAGGAGGAAGAAGGCCGCAAGCGAAUCGAACGCGUCAGGGAAGUCAAGAGAGGUCUCAAAGACUGGGAAGGGUGGAGAUUGGACCUUGUCGAGAGUCGUGGCGGAUCAGGCGGUAUCGGCGAAGUCUUUGACGUUUGAGUUUGACGUUUCUUAGUACGUACGAGUUCUAAAACAGAUCCUCGAGGCUCUCUCUCUUCUAUUUCCCUAUCCCGCGAGCGAUGGAGUGAUAUCCAAUGCCUUCGAUUCUUCAUUCUUUGCUAAAUAUCCGCUUUUCUUACUCUCCUACCUUUGUCACAUGCGGUUUUGAAGGCGGAGCAAAAAGAGACGUAUGUCCAAGUGCGGGUGAAAUAAACUUAUUUCCAGUGUCAAUGGCGUUAGGUAUUUUGUGGCUGUCCUGUCAGAGCAAUAGCGUGAAUGGCAAUGGGCCG